GCUGUGCACACAGCACCCCCGACCUCCCCUCUUCCUCCUUCUUCUCUGACAGCUUUGCUCCACCAGCUCUGCACUGUGCCGGCCUUGAGAGGAGUAAGGGAGCAGAAAGAGGCACUAGAAGAGAGGAUUUGCUCAACCGAGGAGAGACGGACAGGGGAGAGGGACCAUGGCUGCUCUCUCUGCCUUGCUGAAGACCUGGGUUAUUCUGCAGACCUUGUGCCUGGUUUUGGCUCAAGUGAGGGGUCCACCUGGACCUCCGGGCCCGCCAGGCCCACCCGGCCCCUCUGGCACUCCUGGGUCAGAUGGCAUUGAUGGAGAGAAAGGGCGUCCCGGGUCACCUGGCCCACCAGGGCAGAAGGGAGAGCCAGGAGAGCCAGGUCCUGACGGAUCACCCGGGGAGAAUGGCAUUGAUGGUUUGAUUGGAGCAAAGGGUGACCGAGGUCCUAUCGGGAGACCUGGACCAAAGGGUCAACCAGGUCCAACUGGUGAGCCCGGAACUCCUGGACCUGGCCUUCCAGGACUGGCUGGUAUUCCAGGCCCAAUUGGUCUCCCUGGUGAGAUCGGACCAACUGGACCAAAGGGUAUCCUUGGACCACCGGGACCUCCAGGAUUUCCUGGACCUCCGGGCAAGCCGGGUCCUCCAGGCAAGUUUAUUGUUGGAGAAGAGGGUAGUGCAGAUUUCGAGUGUCCUCUCAACUGCCCAGCAGGACCUAAAGGCCCACAGGGACUGCAGGGAGUCAAGGGACACAAAGGACGUGCCGGUGCUCUCGGAGAUCCUGGCAGCAUUGGAAGACCGGGCCCCAAGGGAGAAGUUGGCAUCUCUGGGGAGCAGGGCAUCCCAGGACCUUCAGGUCCCAUGGGUCUGAGUGGUUAUCCAGGAAUGAUGGGUCCCAAAGGAGAACCAGGCCCUGGUGGGUACAAGGGCAUCGGCGGACCAGUAGGACCUCCUGGGCCACCUGGUGAAGAAGGACCUCGUGGACCACCUGGAGAGCCAGGCGAUAAAGGAGACAAAGGCAGCCGAGGUAUCCAAGGCCCACAGGGUGCAGUUGGCAAAAAGGGAGAGAAUGGUCUGCCGGGUAUUGAUGGGAAAGAUGGCACACCUGGCAUUCCUGGAAUCAAGGGUGGCCCCGGUCAGGCCGGGAUGCCUGGUCCUCCUGGUCCUCAGGGAGCAGCGGGAUUACCUGGCAGCCCAGGAGCUAAAGGUGGACCUGGAGCAAAGGGGGAACCUGGACCUAGAGGUCAUGUUGGCUUGCCUGGGCCCUCUGGACCUUUGGGUGAGCCUGGUAUUCCUGGUGAGCCUGGUAUGCAAGGAAUCCCUGGACCUAAGGGCGACAGAGGGGAGCGAGGACCAGUUGGGCCACAGGGAGCAGCCGGCAAGCCUGGAAGCAAAGGAGAGAGAGGGCCCAUCGGUGUGCCUGGCGCCCAGGGUCUCAGUGGAACAAAGGGAGACAAGGGCUUCCAAGGAAAAGUCGGGUCAAAGGGGGGCAUUGGUGACCCCGGAGUCGAGGGAUUGGCCGGCGAAAAAGGCGAAAAGGGUUUGUCUGGCGAACCUGGGCCCAAAGGACAGCAAGGAAUCAGGGGUGACACUGGACACAAUGGACCCACUGGAGAUCCUGGCAAACCAGGAGACCAGGGACCACUGGGGCUGCCCGGUCCUAGGGGGCUUAAUGGAGAACGAGGAGUACCCGGUAUGCCGGGCAUUCAGGGACCAGCAGGACGUGAUGCAUCUGACCAGCAUAUUGUUGAGGUUGUGCUGAAGAUGAUGCAGGAGAGGCUAGCGGCCGUGGCAGUAAGCGCCAAGAGGGCUGUGCUUGGUGGUGCAGGUGUAAUGGGGUCUCCCGGACCGCCUGGACCUCCAGGGGCAUCUGGGCCUCAGGGACCACAUGGCUUACCUGGUGCCCGCGGCAUCCCCGGCAUUAUUGGAGCACCUGGGCAAAUUGGAAACACAGGGCUUAAGGGAAAAAGAGGUCCAAAGGGAGUGAGAGGUGAUCCAGGUAGACCUCACUCAGGUCCACCAGGAGCUCCAGGAAUACAAGGCCCCCCCGGUAUCGAUGGAGUGGCUCGGGACGGUAGGCCCGGAGAGAGAGGACCUCAGGGAACACCUGGAGAGGCCGGUCGCCCCGGUAAGUCGGGCCCGCCGGGUCUCCCGGGAUUCUGCGAGGCAGCGAUGUGCCUGGCCGCGUCUGCUUACACCUCACCGAGACUACAGGAGGCGGGAACGAUCAAAGGACCCAAUGUUUAGAGGCCCCGUCUCCCCAUAAGCAGAUCACAGCACCUGGGAGAGAGGGAGCAAGGCAAGGAAAAAAAAAAAGGCGAGAGACCACUCUUCUCAACAUCAAGAACGAGAGGUGGGGGGGGGACAAUAAUAGUACAUUGACUGCAUGUGUAGCCCCCCCCACCGCUCCUUCCUAGAACUGACAACCUGAAGUUUUGACUGGUGGGACAUCAUGAUCUUAAUCCUCCACAUCACCAUGACAACAGCAGCUCACAGCCACCCACCUCCGUCUGAAAUCUCAAGUGGUUUUUUUUGGAUGUCGGUGUCAGCGCCGUCCAAAUAUCCCAGUCCUGCUCAAGCAGUGAAAGAGGAACAGAUUUUAUAUUACAUCUCUCUUUUUUUUUUUGGUCUCUCACCAAGUCAAAGCAUCUAUGAGCUGAAAGAAGCUAAACCAAAUGUGGUGAAGGAUGCUUUUUUCCUUGUUUGGUCACUUUCAAUGUUUGUUUUUUUUUCCAUAUGCAAUAUUUUGUCAGAGGAAUGUUUUGAAGUUUUAACGCCCUGCCUCUUUUCCAACAUCACACCCGUUGCCUUAAACGUGUACCCCGAAAACCUGACUAAUAAAUGAUUGCAGCCCCAGUUUCCACUCAGUACUGUACCGCAUUGUAAAAUGUAGUCUUUUUCAUUUGUAGGCUUGAGUGAGAUCCCUGAUUUACCUCAUGUGUACACUGCCUUCCCUUCCCAAUCCCCCGCUUUCAACCCAAGUCUCGUUUUAGAAACUAACAACUAGCUUUAUCUCUUCUUCUUGUUGCCUGGCAACAGCAUAUCCCGAUGGGCACUCCCAUCUCCCACAAUGCAGUGCUGUAAAUCUUUGUAAAUGUGUGUUGAUUAUUAUGUAGAGGAAAAGGAAUGGGUUACGAUAUGCACCAACAAAAAUCCUGUGUUAAUGAAAUCAGUGAGUAAUAAGGAGUUCCUACAGAAAUAAUGACUCCUCCUCAGAGCAAAUCAGUUAACGGUCCUAAUGUGCUUUCUGUGCCACUGUCAAUUUUCCAUGGGAGGUCGGUGCUUUAACGACAACUUAUUUUCAUCAAAAGAAGCUAUUUAUUGUUCUUUAUAUAUAAUCAUCUGUAAAAAAAUAAAUAAAGUUGUUUGCUGGCUGUUCAGGCAAUCCUAGACUAAUAAAGAGGAACCUUUUCUAAGA